AUGUGUAAUUUUUUUUUCGUGCAAAGAAGGAAAGAGAAAGAAAGAGAAAAGAAAAGAAAGAAAAAAAAAUGGAGAGAUGGAGAUAAAAAGUGUGUGAGAGAGAGAAAGAAAGAGAGAGAGAGGGGAGGAAACCAAGUUUGGGUGCGCGCUGAUAGUCUAGACGAUCUGGUGGGUCCCUUAUUCAUUACGCACCCUAGCGAUCCACCCAUUUGUCUCACCGUGGACGACAAUGAUCGUUUCUUAGCUUAUCCAUUACCCGACCUCGACGAAGCUAACCCAGAACCCACCAUUAUGCAACAAGUCUUUGUCGGUUCUCGCAUCGUCGGUACCACCAGUGCCUACUCUUUCAAAUCAGCUAACGGGAAAUACCUCAGCAGUGACAAGAUUGGCGUCGUCGCUUGUGACAGUGAAGCCAUAGGCGGUCAAGAGGAAUGGAAACCCACCAUCACCGAAUCAGGUAUCGCAUUCGAAAGCGUGCACGGUAAAUUCUUAAUGAUCGACGAAAUUGCUGGUGGAGGUCUCAGCAUUCGUGCCGACGCCGACCAUGUCGGAUUUUGUGAGUCUUUUAGAGUCUAUUGUCAAUCGCGAUUCAAGUAUAAACCCAAGACCAAGAAGAAGGCUUCAGACGAUACUGGCACAGAGCUUGAAAACUUCAAAAAAUUUCAAUCGUGGGAACCAACCAAAGUCCAUGAAACGUUAGAUGAUAGACGUGCCAUCAAGAAGGCAAAAGCAGAAGGCAGAUUGGCUGAAACUUUAUUAGAUCGAAGAGAGAAAGUAAAAGCAGAUCGUUAUUGUAAAUAA